AGAGAGGGCGUAUGCCGGCACGGGCUGAGAGUCAAAUAGGCUGACAUUCGAGAACAACUCAACGAGUGUGCUGGGGGUGGCAUGAGCGAUGCGAGGGCAAGGCUGGAGCUGAGCUUGCGAGACAUAGAUAGGAAAUCCGUGAAACUGAGCUCAUUUAGUCGCCAAAGAAAGGCUAACGUUCUUCAGUAAGCGCUUAAAGGACGAGAGACCAUGUCGGUGCUGGCUUUGCAAGAAUACGAAUUCGAGAGGCAAUUCAAUGAAGAUGAAGCCAUUCGAUGGAUGCAGGAGAACUGGAAGAAGUCCUUCCUCUUCUCUGCGCUCUACGCUGCCUGCAUACUUGGUGGACGGCAUGUAAUGAAACAAAGGGAGAAGUUUGAAUUAAGGAAACCUUUAGUACUAUGGUCUUUAACGCUUGCAGCUUUCAGUAUAUUUGGUGCCAUCAGAACUGGAGGCUACAUGAUGAACAUCUUGAUGACCAAAGGCCUAAAGCAGUCAGUGUGCGAUCAGAGUUUCUACAAUGGACCAGUCAGCAAGUUCUGGGCCUAUGCUUUUGUCCUUAGCAAGGCACCUGAACUAGGAGACACACUAUUCAUCGUGCUACGCAAGCAAAAGCUUAUUUUCCUGCACUGGUAUCAUCACAUCACAGUUUUGCUCUACUCCUGGUACUCCUACAAGGACAUGGUGGCCGGCGGGGGCUGGUUCAUGACCAUGAACUAUCUGGUGCACGCCGUCAUGUAUUCUUACUACGCACUUCGGGCCGCUGGCUUCAAAAUCUCUCGCAAAUUCGCCAUGUUCAUCACCCUGACACAGAUCACCCAGAUGAUGAUGGGCUGCGUGGUCAACUACCUGGUGUAUUCGUGGAUGCAGCAAGGCCAAGAGUGCCCGUCUCACGUGCAGAACAUUGUGUGGUCGUCCCUCAUGUACCUCAGCUACUUUGUGCUCUUUUGCCAGUUCUUCUUCGAAGCCUACAUAACCAAGACCAAAUCCAACGCAGCCAAGAAAAGCCAAUAAAUCAAGAAAAUGAUUUAAACAAGGAGAGGUGGGGGAAAACUAAACGGACCAAUGAUUGGUAGAGGAUGGAUGAGUCUUUACAGUUAGUGCUUGCAGAAGAACGAAGCAAAGACCAUGAGGGGCUACUAUCAAAGCUUGUGCAUACUGUACUACUAACGUAUAGAGAUAAACCUCCCCGCCACUAGGGAAGCUCUAUUGAGCUGCACUGAGAAAUCAUUAUGAUUACAUCAGUUGAACAAAAAAAAAUUGUGUCUUUAUGUAAUGUUUAUGUGCCCAAUACAAUUCUCUGUAUUACAAAAAAAGAAAAUGUAUACAUUAAAAAAAGGGAUGCAAAAUAAUUUAAAACAAAUGGACUUGGACAUUUUGAAAAAAGGAAAUUAUAUGAAUAGACUUAAUAUUUGUGUGGUUACGUCUAAACAUUAAAUGUUACUGUUGCAUUUUUAUUUUUAUUGAUUAGAUAGUCUGUAUGGUAGUUUUGUACGAAAGCCAUGUCAAUGGAUGACUGGUAAAUGUUGAGCUAAAAAUGCCACAGUGUGUUCUGUGUUCAGCGUCGCAGCACCAAAAUUCUCUCAGGUCUUAGAGUUUUCCAUUUGAUGUUCAUAUCAUUUUAGAAAAAAAAGAAAAGAAAACAAAAAAGGCAAAAUAGUCAAGGUAGUCAAAAACAGGCCUGAAAUGUAAAUGCCAUUGGAUUACUCAUAUACAGUAUAUUAACAAAAAAAAGGGGGGAAGGGGAAAAAGACCAAUGAAGGCCAUUUUGCAGAGGACAUUGGGGCCAAAUGAUCAUCAGAACACCUGAGGCCCUUGUGGAGCACGAAUCAUCGGACCUCUCUGAAUCUGCAUUUGUUCUGACCGAAAGGCCUGGUCUUCUUCUCAUGGCUUAAGGUCAUCAUUAUCACCGUCUAUUCCCAAGGCCGAAAAGUCAAGCAUACUAAAACGAAAUGUCUAUAUCACUGUAACAAAUCUGAAUAAUCUCUGUCACUGAAUGGUGUCCAUUGUGCUCUUGUGCAUUCGCACUGUAUACACGUAAAGCAUCUAUAGACGAUUUUAACAAA